GGCACGGAACAGGCCGGGCGACAGGUGUCGCUUGAAAAGACUGUGCUUGUCCUUGCUGGUGCAUGCGUCGUCGGCCUCUGUGCAGCAGGUUUACAAAGGAGAAAAACAACUUCUUCUAGAUUUUUUUUUUUCAGUUUCUUCUGUAAAUCAAAACUACCUCCCCAGAGAAAGGCUAGUCCCUUUUCUUCCCCAUUCAUUUCAUUAUGAACAUAGUAGAAAAUAGCAUAUUCUUAUCAAAUUUGAUGAAAAGCGCCAACACGUUUGAACUGAAAUACGACUUGUCGUGUGAACUGUACCGAAUGUCUACGUAUUCCACUUUUCCUGCUGGGGUUCCCGUCUCAGAAAGGAGUCUCGCUCGUGCUGGUUUCUAUUACACUGGUGUGAAUGACAAGGUCAAAUGCUUCUGUUGUGGCCUGAUGCUGGAUAACUGGAAAAGAGGAGACAGUCCUAUUGAAAAGCAUAAAAAGUUGUAUCCUAGCUGCAGAUUCGUUCAGAGUCUAAAUUCAGUUAACAACUUGGAAGCUACCUCUCAGCCUUUUCCUUCUUCAGUAACAAAUUCCACACACUCAGUAUUUCCGGGUACAGAAAACAGUGGAUAUUUCAGUGGCUCUUAUUCAAGCUUUCCAUCAAAUCCCGUAAACUCCAGAGCAAAUCAAGAUUUUUCUGCCUUGAUGAGAAGUUCCUACAACUGUGCAAUGAAUAACGAAAAUGCCAGAUUACUUACUUUUCAGAUGUGGCCAUUGACUUUUCUGUCGCCAACAGAUCUGGCAAAAGCAGGCUUUUACUACAUAGGACCUGGAGACAGGGUGGCUUGCUUUGCCUGUGGUGGAAAAUUGAGCAAUUGGGAACCGAAGGAUAAUGCUAUGUCAGAACACCUGAGACAUUUUCCCAAAUGCCCAUUUAUAGAAAAUCAGCUUCAAGACACUUCAAGAUACACAGUUUCUAAUCUGAGCAUGCAGACACAUGCAGCCCGCUUUAAAACGUUCUUUAACUGGCCCUCUAGUGUUCUAGUUAAUCCUGAGCAGCUUGCAAGUGCGGGUUUUUAUUAUGUCGGUAACAGUGAUGAUGUCAAAUGUUUUUGCUGUGAUGGUGGACUCAGGUGUUGGGAAUCUGGAGAUGAUCCAUGGGUGGAACAUGCCAAGUGGUUUCCAAGGUGUGAGUACUUGAUAAGAAUUAAAGGACAGGAGUUCAUCCGUCAAGUUCAAGCCAGUUACCCUCAUCUACUUGAACAGCUGCUAUCCACAUCAGACAGCCCAGGAGAUGAAAAUGCAGAGUCAUCAAUUAUUCGUUUUGAACCUGGAGAAGACCAUUCAGAAGAUGCAAUCAUGAUGGAUACUCCUGUGGUUAAUGCUGCCGUAGAAAUGGGCUUUAGUAGAAGCCUGGUAAAACAGACAGUUCAAAGAAAAAUCCUAGCAACUGGAGAGAAUUAUAGACUCGUCAAUGAUCUUGUGUUAGAUUUACUCAAUGCAGAAGAUGAAAUAAGGGAAGAGGAGAGAGAAAGAGCAACUGAGGAAAAAGAAUCAAAUGAUUUAUUACUAAUCCGGAAGAAUAGAAAGGCACUUUUUCAACAUUUGACUUGUGUAAUUCCAAUCCUGGAUAGUCUACUAACUGCCAGAAUUAUUAAUGAACAAGAACAUGAUGUUAUUAAACAGAAGACACAGACAUCUUUACAAGCAAGAGAAUUGAUUGAUACGAUUUUAGUAAAAGGAAAUAUUGCAGCCACUGUAUUCAGAAACUCUCUGCAAGAAGCUGACGCUGUGUUAUAUGAGCAUUUAUUUGUGCAACAGGACAUAAAAUAUAUUCCCACAGAAGAUGUUUCAGAUCUACCAGUGGAAGAACAAUUGCGGAGACUACAAGAAGAAAGAACAUGUAAAGUGUGUAUGGACAAAGAAGUGUCCAUAGUGUUUAUUCCUUGUGGUCAUCUAGUAGUAUGCAAAGAUUGUGCUCCUUCUUUAAGAAAGUGUCCUAUUUGUAGGAGUACAAUCAAGGGUACAGUUCGUACAUUUCUUUCAUGAAGAAGAACAAAAACAUUGUCUAAACUUUAGAAUUAAUUUAUUAAAUGUAUUAUAACUUCAACUUUUAUCUUGAUUUGGUUUCCUUAAAAUUUUUAUUUAUUUACAACUCAAAAAAACAUUGUUUUGUGUUACAUAUUUAUAUGACUAUAUGUAUCUAAACCAUAUGAACAUAUAUUUUUUAGAAACUAAGAGAAUGAUAGGCUUUUGUUCUUAUGAACAAAAAAGAGACAGCACUACAAACACAAUAUUCAAUCAAAAUUUCAGCAUUAUUGAAAUUGUAAGUGAAGUAAAACUUAAGAUAUUUGAGUUUACCUUUCAGAAUUUUAAAUAUUUUGGCAUUGUAUUAAUACCGGGAACAUGAAGCCAGGUGUGGUUGUAUGUGCCUGUAGUCCCAGGCUGAGGCAGGAGGAUUACUUGAGCCCAGGAGUUUGAAUCCUUCCUGGGCAGCAUACUGAGACCCUGCCUUUAAAAACAAACAGAACAAAAACAAAACACCAGGGACACAUUUCUCUGUCUUUUUUGAUCAGUGUCCUAUACAUCGAAGGUGUGCAUAUAUGUUGAAUGACAUUUUAGGGACAUGAUGUUUUUAUAAAGAAUUCUGUGAGAAAAAAUUUAAUAAAGCAACAAAAAUUACUCUUA